GAUGUAGAUUAUCAUUGUCAAGCCAACCGGUGACAAGUCUAUGGUGUAAUAUAGGAUUGUAUGGGAAUUUGUUAUAUGCCGGAGAGACCUUAGGAAAAUAGGAAAAUAUUAUUCUUAAGAACAUUCUCGUAACGUGAAGCUCAUAUUAAUAUGAGUAAAUUAGAAGAAAAAAUAAUUUCCGCUUUUAAUGUUAUACAAUAUAAUGGUCCUCUUACACAAAAAUCAAAUUUUCCGAUAGCCAUAGAAGGUGGACCAAAAAGUAUCGAAUACACCGAACUUGUACACUUUCUUACAAAUGAAAUUAGAACUUUACAAGGUAUUGAUGAGGAGGUUAAUCCUAUAUCAGCCCCAGAAGAUGCAGUGGCAUUUAUAAUGGAAGUUACAUCUUUUUUAAAAGAAUUAGGUUGUCCGUACAAGGUCCUCAUAGAAGGUCAUGUAUCAGAUCGCUUACAAAAUUUUUCUGAUAGGCUUCUCUUGUUGGAUUAUUUACUGACAGAACUUAUGGGUGCUCGCAUACUACAAGAAAAAAAGCCUGGUAAAAAAAUAGAACUUAAACUUCAAGAAACUCCGGCAGCCAAAGAUAUGAGAUUGAUUUUACAAACUCUUCGUUUUCCAAAACCACCUGCGAAUAUAUCUAUUCAGACGUUAUUUCAAAAAUUGGUACCCACAAUUCCUAUUGUUAUAAAUAAGGCAGGAAUGGAUAUAGUCGGAAAGGGAAUAUUUAAUGGUUUUCUUUCCAAUCAACAGUGGGACAUCCUUAAUGGUGUUCAAGAAGAUUUACAUAAAGAAUAUAAAAUAAGAAGGGAGAUGUUGUUGACAAGAUUAGAUGUUACUAUACAAUCUUUUCAGUGGUCUGAUCGAACAAAAGGCAAAGAUGACCUAUUCGAGAAACUUUACUACGAGAGACGCCCAUUACUGAAAGUAGAUCCUGACGUAGAUAUGUCUGAUUUAUUGGCAUCUCGAACUGAUAUAGCCAUUAUUGAAAAAACUAGUAACUCAUCUGUAAGGAAAAAUACACGUUCAUCAUUACAAAAAGUUAUAAUUGGACAAGUUCCAGAUAGAGGUGGUAGGACUUCAGAAAUAGCGCCACCUCCUCCUGAAAUGCCAUCUUGGCAGCAAAGAUCCGCGGGUCCUGGAGGCCGUGGAGGUGGUAAUUUCAACCGAGGAGGAAGUAAUAAUUAUUCGAGAGGCGGAGGCGCGAGUAAUUACACAAGUGGUGGCAAUUACCAAUCCAAUUAUCAAUCGGGAGGUGGUGGCUACCAAUCGGGAGGCGGUAAUUACCAGUCCAGUGGAGGUAGUUAUCAUUCUGGUGGAGAUAGAGGCGGUUUUCACUCGGGAGGUGGUAAUUAUCAAUCUGGUGGCGAUCGGGGUGGAUAUGCAGAUAAUAAGAGAUAUGACAAUUCGGGAGGAGGAAGCAAUAGAAAUUACGAUAGUUUUCAAGGUAAAUACGGCAAUUCUAGUUCGAGAGUUUUCAAUAAAAGUUUCGAUAGCGGAAUCUCAGGGGGAAAUAAAAAUUAUGACAACACCAGAAGGGAUAGUUAUAGCUCACAGGACUAUCAUCAAUCAAAGAGAGCUAAAACUUAUGAUUCUUUUCAAGCCAAUAAAACAACGUAUGCCGAUCAAUACGUUCAAGAACGUCAACAUAACCAACAAUACUCAUCGAGGGACGAUAGAGGCUCAAGAGGAUACAGAGGUUCUAGAGGUCGCUCUAAUUACCAACGAGGUGGAGGCGGAGGAAGAGGUAGUUAUAGAUAAAGCAAUGUUAUUCAAUAUUUGGUAUAAAUUUGGUCAAAUCGAUUUCAUUUAUUGAUCAAAGUUUGUUCAAAGUAAGUUGAGGAAAGUAAAAUAAAAACAAAAAAAUAUUCAGAUUACUGAGAAUUUAAUUCAAUUGAUUAUAGAUUUUUCGUCGAAUUUUUCAUAAAGAGAUGAUUUGGUAAGAACACUUCUAAAUUUAAGUUGAGUAUUUAAGACAUGCCUUUCCAAGAUAUGGUUUGACCUAUAUGUCAAAUUUUACUGGAUAGAAAACCAAAACUAAAUUCUCAAGGGCUCUAAUUUUUUUUUGUAUUUCUAAUAUUCCAUUUCGAUGUUAUUACCAUGUGUAAAUAAUAUAUCGUCGGCGAAACUGCAAAACCACGUAUAUGCGUUUAAAAGGAUUUUACAGGAGGUAAGUAAAACUACUUAUAAACGCAACUAUCAAUAUUUUAUAAAAACGACAUUCAUUUUCAAUCAACAUAAGACCGUCUUAAUUUUAUAAAAGGAAAAAAACAGCAAUAAAAAACUAAAAAAAGACAUUUUUUUCCACUUACGUGUUUUUGACCAUAGCAAUCUAAUAUUCUUUAUUGAAUACAUGGUUUUGCACCAUUUCCAAUUACAAGAAAAAAUGUAAGAAACAAUAUAAAAAACGGAAAUUAAACAAAGCUAAAAUUAGAAAAUUCUAAAGAUUAUGAACAAAAAAUAUUUUCCGCAUCUUGUAUGUUUGUAGGUACCUAAGCAGUUUAAAUAUUUUAGUUUUCAAUGUGGUAAAUCGUCAUAAAAUUGUCAAAAUUGUAGGUCCAAGACUUGCUUCAGUUGCUGCAAGUGGGCGUAUUUGUCAAUUUUAAUUUUUUGGCGAUUCUUGUACAACUGGUUUUUUUUUUGGGUGGGAAAAUCUUCAAAAAACUUCUGGGAAGGUGUCUCAGGCGUGCUGGAUUCACCCGUUACCCAGGCGCCUACCAGCUAAAAACCCACCCUCUUCUCCACCGACGCAUGUGGAACCGUUCUUAGCGAACAUCGCGUCACAUGCGCCGGCUGUACUCUUCAACUCCGUAUUCUCCUUGUUCUUCAUCUAGUAUAAAUAAAACACAUGCACUACACAUUAAAAACAUCACAUACAAAAAUAAAAAAAAGAGGGGACGUACACAUAAUAAAUAUAAAUAAAAAACCUGCCUAAUUUAACUGUAUACUGGGGCCUUCAUUUCACUUAAUUUUUUGAUUAUCAGGCCCCAGUUGGCCGAAUUGAAAGCAUUUUUUAUAUCGACCAUUGUAAGGACCAUCCAUCUUCUUCUCGAAGCUUUCGCCGCAUCGUGUACCCACUUUGCGGCGUCCACUGCUGAACAACCUUUGCGGAAGCCGUACUGCUGAUCUGACAGAGCUGCUCUGCUGUCCAGGAAAUUUUCUGAUCUUUUUUUAAUUAAGAUUUCAUAGUAUUUUCCCAGACAGUCUAACAAGCAUACCGGCCUAUAUGAGGCCGGCGAAUCGGGGGGUUUCCCAGGUUUCAACAAUAGUAUUAAAUUUACUAUUUUUAAUUCUCUAGGAAACUCUUGCCUGCACAGUAGUUCGUUAAAAACGGAUGUAAUAAUUUCAGGCCUCGUUUUGAUCAGGGUUUUGAUUGCCUCUGGUGGCAGGCCAUCAGGGUCGGGGGCUUUACCCUGCUUGAUAUCUUCGGCAGCGGCCAGGAUCUCUUCCAACGUGAAUUUUGGUACAGCCGCGUCGCUUUCCUUAUGGAAGUUUUCCUCCCUUUUAUUAGGGGAGAGUAGCGACGCGGCCUCUAGCCGCUGCUCUUCGUUUAAGUUGUAUGGGGCGACGGCUCUCAACGCUUUCAUUGUGAUUUUAUAUGCGUCGCCCCAUAUAUCCUUUUCGAGAUCUUCACAUAUGGCCCGCCAUCUUUUCUUCUUUUCAUUUUUUAUUAACUUGCCCAGAGCUUUUUUUUUCUGUUUGUAUAUGUUCCUAUAACUUCCUUCGCCCCCGCUUCUGGUGUAUGUCCUCCGGGCAAGGAGGCAAUCCUCUCGGAGUUUCUCUAUCUCAUCGUUCCACCAAUAUGGCAUUUGUCUAUUAUGAUUUUUUUUAUUUUUGUUAUCUUUUGCUGCUUUCUCUUUAAUGUCUUUUAGUACUAAUUGAAGAGUCUCGAAGUUCACCACCUUGUUGUCUAUUCUUAUGUUUUUUAUUUCUUCUAUUAAUUUUUCCUUGUAUAUAUUUUUGUUGAUGUUUAUGUUUUUUUUUUGUUUUAUUUGUUUUACUUUUAAUGUCAAAGGUGAUGAACUUGUGGUGGGUAAAUAUCUGAUCGUCAAGAACGUCCCAGUUUGCGAUUUUUCUGGAUGACCCUUCACUAGCAAGAGUCACAUCGAUGUGGCUCCUGCUAGUGCCCCUCACAAACGUGGGUUUUUUUAUUGUUUAGCGCGAUUAUAUUCAUUUGGGCCAUCCAGUCGUCCCAGAGGUCACCCCUCUCAUCAUUAAUAGGGGAUCCCCACUGGGACGAUUUUGCGUUAACGUCCCCGACGAUCAGAAAGUUCUUAUUGUCGGUGACGGCAUUCAUUAUGUUCUUAAUUGUCUUUCUAUAUUCAAUCAUAGAGACAUUGGGGGAAACGUAACAGGCCACGAUCGUGAUCUCGCAGUCAAGCUCGACCACGAUGUAGCCCGCCUCUCUUUGUAAGUUCCUCACCCCAAUGUCCCUAUUCCUGAAUAAUACCGCCACGUCCUUUCUCUUAUCUUGUACCCAACCACCCCCCUCAGUCAGUUUUUUAUUAGGUUCAGAAACGAUAAGUAGAUCCACUUCGAGUUGAGCAGCUUUAGCGUGGGUCAGGUCAUGAGCUAGUCUAGCCCUUCCCACGUUAAUCUGCAGAACCCUGAUGCCGGUCUUGCUAGAGGCCAUUUUUUUUAUUACUUUCUAAGGGAAAGCGUGUCGAUUAGGUCCGGAGGUUUAUCUCUGUACUUUACCAAAUACCGCGUCGCGAUAUUUCGGACACGCCAUAGUGUCCGUCCGAUGCCCACUCUCGCUGCACGAGAGACACCAUGCUUCGUUCGGGCACUCCUGUGCCCGGUGUCCCUCCUUUAUGCAAUUAAAGCAGCACCUACCACGAUCUUUCCCCUUGCACUGGUAGGUGAUGUGUCCAUAUUCAAGGCAUCGGAAACACCUUAGGGGGGUGAACCUUUCCCUUACCUUGCAGUACUGCCAGUGGAUUUUUACUUUAUCCACUGACCUAAGGGCCGCCGCCAUUUCUUCCCUGACGGCUAUGGUUGCCGUCUGUCCCCCUCCUCUACUCUCCCUCAUCCCCUUUACCUCUAUGUCUGUGUCUUUUAGACCCGUCCAUGUUGCGACGGAGUCUCUUAGUUCGGAGAGGGAUAUAGACGGGUCCACCUCCAUGACGGUGAAGACGGUUUCCCUUCUUUUCACCGUCAUGUUUAUCUCUCCCAUCUUAUUGUUUAUUUCCUUUUUUAAACGCUCGGCGGCCCCCUGUCCUUUUACCUUGACCAACAGGUCCCCCCCUCCUGUUUUGCGCACCGACUCGACUUUGAUUCCAAGUUCGUCCACAUCCACGUUAGUCUUAAUUGUUUUCAGGACGUCCGUAUAUUUUUUGGUUCCUGUUUUUAUAAACAGAGAUUCCCCUCCUUCCCUUUCAGUGCCAACACCACCUAUCCUACCCAUCUCUUCCCCUUUAGUCACUAUGCUCCAUUAUGUUUCGCCGGUCCUCCCCACGAAUUCUAGUGCUUUCCUAAUUUUGAUUUUGUCUACCCCCUCCCCGAUAAUGACUUUUACGUUAUUUUCUUCCCUUUCUUUUGCCAGUUUAACUAAGUUUAUUACGGUUUUAAAUACUCCCUCUUCGUCCCCUAACCUGGCCAUGUAGUUCAUCCACGUUCUCCAAUUAUUUUUUGUUUUUAUAUUAUUUUCUAUUAACUCUAUCUCCCCUGAUCCCGUUUCCUCUAAUACUCCCCACAUGUCUUCUCUUACUUUUUUAAUUAGUUCUACUGUUAACCCCCCCACUUCUUUUCCUAUUAUUAUUGCGCUGCUGCGUCUUUCCCUCAAAACAUUCUCCGCUCUUUCCUUCUCCCACUUUGUUUUUUUAUACACCUCCUCUUCCCAUUCUUCCCCCGCUAAUCUUUCCCAUACCUCAUAUUCUCCACCCCCUGUAUCUAUUUCCUUUAUAAUUUUUUGUGUUUUCUCCUUUUUUCUUUGUUUUUCUUCCUCUUUCCUGCAUUCCCUGCAUUCCCUGCACCUCAUUCCCACUUUUCUCAAUUUUUUUUUAGAUAUAAGUUCCCUCAGCUCCUCUAAUAUUUUUAUUAAUUUUUCAUCCCCUCCCACCAUGUUUUUAAUUUACAGAAUUUUAUUGUCUAUUUCCUCCUCCUCUCCCGUUGUUGUUUCUCCCUCUUUCCUUUCUUUUUUAUUUUCUAUUUCCCCCUCAACCUUGCUUUCCUCCCUUUCCCUUUUUUUUCCAGUUUCCCCGAAUAUUAUUUUUUCAGUAGUGCCCCCUCACUACUCUUUUCUCCCUUUUGGUUAUCUUCUUCUCCUUCUUCUUCUUUCUCCUCUUCCAGUAUCGUUAAUUGUAUCCUGUCCGUACUUCUAUUGAUUUUUUUGUUCUUUCUUUGUCUUUCUAUUAACUCCUGUUCAAAUUUCCUUCUUUCUUCUUCCUCCUCUUCCUUUCGCCUAACCUCUUCUUCUACCGUUCUCCUCUUCUCCUCCUGUUUCUUGGUUUGUUUUUGAUUUUUUGGUUCCAUAUAUAGUUCCCACAAGUUGGGACGUGUGAAAAGUCCGGCGAGGCAGUGCGCCCUUACCUCGCUAAGGCUAAAAUACUCUGGGGAGGUCGCCAGGUAUCCCCAGAGGCACACGUUCGAGACUGACUGCGCGCAGCCAUUCAUCCCGUAGCCACGGUAGCUCACAACGUAGGAUUACGGAUUCUUUUCUCGAGGUUUACUCCUCUAUGUCUUUUUGGUCCGCGGGCAAUUAUUGGGGAACGCAUUUGUUCCUUAUUCAUCACCUAUCCGAUAAGGUUGGUCGGUCAUGUUUCUUCUUACAAAAGGUUGAGCGACUCAGGACCGACCACUCCUUCCGGAGACACCCUAUGAGCCAUUGGGACGCGUCGUGUCGGGUAGACCAAACCCCAUCCCAGAGAACUCGCGUCGAGGAUUUGGGGUGACUCACUUCCUGCCUCAUCGAAUCGACCUCUCCGAGCACGAUGUACAACUGGGUUACUUGAUACUCUCCCAUCUUAGCUCUUCUGGGGAGAUUUUUCCACUCAUCGGUAUAAGUUAGUUUGUAUUUUAUAAGCCCUUCUGGCAAAUACGCAAAACUGUGUACAUUAGUUACUUGAGGAUCUCCUACUUUUGUACCUGGACGUACACUUCCAUAAAAUCUUACUUUGGAAUAGUCAUGAAAAUCGGAAUAUUGCAGAUAUUUGACAUGAUAUGGAUUUUUACGGCGGGCUUCUCUGCAGGCGGCAAUAUAAUCCGUCGGCAGAUAUAUGUCUCUAUUUUUCAGCCUUUUUUCAAUUGCACUAUGUACAGAAUCAACUUCCAUAUGUGAAUGUCCGUUUUCAAAAAACUUUUGCAUGAUUGUGAGUUGUCUGUCGAUCGCUAGCUUCAGAAGUGCGUUAGAAACUAUAACAUUUUUAUUUUGAUAGCCGCAACCAUCGCUAUAAAUGAAUAUAAAUGUUUGGUAUUAGGCUCUUUUGAAAGGUGGUUUUCGAGAAAUGCCACCAACAGACUCGCAAAAAUGUUUGCCUCCAAACCACCUUGUCCCAAAGAUGACAAACUACUUCACCAUUGAAUAGAUUAUAGAUGGUAUAAUUAUGAACACACAAUUUCGUUUUAUAGUAAAUGGCGCUAGCUUUCAGCAUGGGUGCUAACUUGACAGCCUGGACGUCAACAGUAAAAACCGCAAUUUCUUGGGGGUUUGUUUUACAGAGUUGCUUAUCUGCCUCUUUGUUUAGUCUUGACUGUUCUUUGUUUGUCUGGUGAGUUUGGUAUGCUAAGUCAUCAAUGUGCCCAAGCUUGUGUGAUAAACACAUAUCGCAUUGAUCUUUGCGAGGCUUAUAAGUUUUUACAUUCAUUGUCUUUAGUUCUUAUUUUAGAACCUGCAAUGACAUCGGCUUUUCAUUUUUAUUAUUACAGUACUCCUAGUAUACCCGGUAAAGAUCAUUAUUGCUUUGAAAUGUUGGCUCAAGAUAGAGCUUAGACGUUGAAGCACGGCAAUAUUGCGAAGGCAUCUUCGGCAGCUCUUCCAGAAAUUUCUUGGAAGUGAUUCUUCUGCGGUCAUUAGAGUGCCGAUUACGUCCGAUGACCUGACUGUCUCGUUAUGUAUUCCAUGUAACUGUUUGGCAUAUUCCCGAACAGUCCAUUCUUUGACACCAAGAGUUGAAAGAAACAUUUUUUUACAGACACGAAAACUUUCAGUGCCCUUUUUGAGAUGAUAAAUGAGUGUUCCAUUUCUUCUGCAAUCUUCUCUCUUUCUCUUGCUUGGUACAUAAUCAACCAGACUGCUCACGUAUGUACGCUUCAUGUCCCAUGUCAACGUUUUCCAGAAUUUCUCAAAUAUGGCUCUUCUGUCAUUAUCACUAAAGAUGGAACAAAAAAAGGAUUUAGAGUUUUUACAAGACUGGGCUUUGCACGUUGGACCCAGUGAACGAGCACCUCUCUCAUGAUUCAGUUGGUAUUUGCCAUGCUCGUCCUUUGUUAAACCUUUGUAAGCCUCUCCACGCAUUCGUAGAUCCUUGUUUUUGUAUCUUUGUUCUAUUGUUACCCUACACUUUUUCUUCUUGGGGGGAAUUUCAUCUUCAGAAUCUUCAUCUACAGUUUCUUCAUGCAUGUUCCCAGUUUCAUCUUCUAAGGCGCUUUCAAUUUCACCUGAGGCGCUUUCAGUUCCAUUGUUUUCAAUUUCUGACUUAUGGCUGUUUGGGUCCAAAGCUCUUUCCCGUUCAGUUUCCACACCAUCUUGAGGAUUGACUAAGAAAUUUGCAGAACUGUUAUUACCAGUUUUUACUACAUCGAAGUUGAUUGCGUUGUCGAUAAUUACAUCGUGAUCAAGUGCUUCAUUUAACAUGUUUUCAUCGUAUGAAAUAAUCAGUGGAACGCUGGUUUGGAUGUCAAAAAUGUUUACCAUUUCUGUAAUAAUUUGCGGAUUGAUUGAUGAAUGUGUAGAACCGAUUUCUUCAAUAAUUACAUUGUGAGCUAUUGCUUCGUUUGGCGUCUUUUCAGUUGACAAUGAAACCAGCGGUAUGUCGCUCUGGAUAUUGGAAAUCUGUAAAUAGGAAUGAUUACUAUGUUUGAUUUUUUCGAGGGUAAUUUUUUCUUUACUGGAAUUUGACAGUCAUUGCAUUUCUGCUCUGCUCUUUGGUUUUUAUGGAUUUGCAAAGCCAUUUUCCAAUACACGUCUGCCUCGAGAAUUAUUCAUCCUGAAAGUAAAAAGGAAGAGUCAUAUACCUGUCUAACUGAUUAGUAAAAAUUACUAUUCAUUCUAUUAUAUUACUAUAUUAUAUAUAUAUUACUAUAUAUUACUAUUACUAUUACUAUUACUAUUAUAUUCAUUCCUAUAAUAAUUAUUAUAAAAGAGAACCGUUUAAAUCAUCAUAAACAAGCUACAAGGAAUCUUUGCAAAAAUAUAAAUACUGGUACAAAAACACGUAUAUGAAAUAAAUUAAUUAAAAAGAAGUUGGUUAAAAACACGUAUAUGAGUUUUAAACUUUUCCAAUUUAUUAUUAAAUAGAUUUUGUUUGUCUAAUAAUUUUAAACGUAUAGACUGUUAAUACACAUAUACAGUUAUUGUUUUAAGCUAUUCUUACCUUAUAUUUUCGGUUUUUUAUCACAACACAACAUAAAAUAAACAGACGAACACUGGGAGCAUCGCUUGGUACAGCACAAUCAUACGAAUAAGAGGUUAUGGACAUCUGUGUUUCCCGCUUUGCAAAUACGCGGUCUUGAACAUUCAAAUAUCUGCACUUGGGUUAUAUUUACAGUCACGAGUUUUUGCACAUAUACGCAUUGGUUCCUUGACUUGCAUUUUAUGGAAAAAUCUCAUUUUUGAUAAAAAAAUGCACAUACGAGGUUUUGCAGUUUCGCCGACGAUAUAAGCAAAUUUGAUUCAAAAAUUCAAGAUAGUGUGAGAAAAUUUUAUUUUAAAAUUGAUUUGUAGUAAGUGUCCUCUACAAGUCGAAAUUUAUAUGCAACCCUUUGGCUACUUUUUGAGCUGAGUUUUUCUUUCAAUAAAACAAAGUAGGUACUAUUACAUAUUUUUACUAUUAAAAAUGAUUAUGUGAAUAAAAGUAAUUAAAUACAUAAAGAAGAAUUGUACAUUAUCCUUGGCUAAAUAGAGUUUUAUAAAAGUCCUUAUGUAUUUCAUCCAGAUAUGGAAACAAGGCUUUAAUAUGAGUCACUUUAUCGACUGGCAAUCCAUUUCUGGUCUCUCAUUUAUUGAAUAUCAAUAGGAAAAAAAAUCUUCCAUAGAAUUUCCUGCCUUAAGAAUACUAACCUUACUAGAGUAUUGUAGAGAUCCACGAGAUUUUUUUAUACAUCCAAUUUCUAGUCAUGCAAACAAUUUCAUUACCAUGAAGGAUUUUUUCACUUUUUGCUAUUAUUUUCACCAAAUCCAUAGGAACUAUUGCUUUAUCUGCUUGUAUUAUUUCAUUAUCGGCAGUAGCUGAAUUUUUAUCCUGUCGCAGGUAGAACAAGUGUCAACAAGAGGCAUCCUGAAACUUAUGCUGAAGUUGAUCAAGAAUAUUUGGUUUACCGCUGCUUGACGGGUAUAAUCAUGGUCACCUUUUCCUUUUCGCUCGUUCUUCUAUGAAUAAGAAUAGUUUAACCCAACUGUCUUCGUCCAUUCCGGCUCUUUUUGCUCUGACCACAUAUCCCAUCUCAGUUUGACCAUACAGUACUUUGCUCUCUGCGUUCUUUUUUCUUCUUCUCCACUAGUUUGUAUAUUGCUAACUCCAGCAGUGCAUUGGAUAAAACGGCAUUGCGAUUUUGUGCUGUGCGACCAUCGGAAUAUAGAAUUAUAGUCAGCAGUUUCUUAGACAAGGUUUUUUUCAAGCGGUCUAUAAUGCAGGAAGUAUAUACAGAAGCCACCAGCCCUGCAGUACACUCAUCGAACCAAUAACAGUCUACAUCUUUGUUUCCAAAAUUGUAGAUGGUGAAGUUAUAGACACAUAAUUUUGUCAUAAUAUAUUGCACUGGCUUCAAGUUUGGGACACAGCUGUACCGAUUGUAAGUCAUGCGUAAAUACAUGCACUUCUUUAUUGGUAGCUCUUAAUUUAUCUUGAGUUUUUUCGUGUUCAGCUCUAUCCUUCUUUAAUAUAUGCUCACGAUAUUUAGCUUCGUUGAUGUUUCCUACAUUAUGAGAACAACACAAAUCGCAUUGGUCUUUUUUAGGCGAAAAUAGGCUUAAAUUCUUUUCAUUGAAUAUUUGAUCGAAUAACUAUCGAGAGGUGGGCUUUUCCUGCUGUUCAUUACAUUUCUCACAGUAUAACUUAUAGUUUAAAUUUGCUCUGAACAAUCGGUUCUAAAUAAAGUUUUGUACUUGAUGCCCGACAAUAGUGAGAUGGCAUUUUAGGUAACUUAUCAAAAAACUUUUUUAGAAAGGUCACACAGUCUUUUGUUUUUCUCUCCGUAGCUGGUCGUGUCACUUAUUGUUUUCUUGUCAUGGCUUUCUCUGAAUGUUCAAUCCAAUAACGCACAUAAUUUUCUGUAAUACCUAGAGUACAUAAAAACGUUUUCAUACAGACUUGAACACGACCUUGAGACUCACUGUUUAAAAAAUAUUGCUUACUAACAUUUCGUCUUGAGUCGAAAUCUGUCUUCUUUAUUUGUUUUCUAUUUCCACAUUCAACAUUAGAAACAACAUACUGUUGUCUAUGUUUAACUGGCACUUGGCUCGGGGCGUUUAAAACGUUCGCUACAACAUUUUGGAAAGGCAAGGCCCAAUUUGUGGACUAUCAACUUUUCUCCUGUUGGAAAAUAAAAAAAUUAUAUAUUAACAAUUAUUGAAGUAUUGUAUAAAUUAUGUGUUUUAUUUAAAUUCACAUAACAGAUUUUUAGGAUUUGGAAUAAUCCCUCCUCUGGGCUUGGAUCCGGCAAGGAUAUUGCAACAUUAUGAACCAUAUCCAAGGCAGAAUUAAAAACUGUUAUUUAUGAAUAAAAGAAAAAUUAAAAAAAAAUUAUCAGUACCAAAUUUGGGAACAAGAUGUGAGUGUCGUGUCAAAAAAGAAACCAGAGAUCUUCAUCAGAAUAAGAAUCGUUCAAAUCAUCAACUGCAGAGGAUAUUUUUGGAAGUGCUAAAUAUUCUUUUACAUUUGAAAUUAUAUACUUGAUAAAAUUUCCCAAAACCUAGUCGUUACUUAGUAUUGAUUUGACGAUUACCAGAAUUUAACUUCUUAAACUCUCUGAAUUCAUUUACAAACCUUACCAAUUGGAGCUACGGUCCUUGAAGAACCGUAGCCUCCCAGACAACUGUCCUCCAUUCUGCUCGAUGCACUUUUCUCCGCCAAUUUCGGUCACCUAGUUCUAUUAGGUCCUGUUCUACGUCAUCCUGACAUCUUAUACGUGGUCGUCCUGGAAAUCUGCGCCCUUCCGGCUUUUGUACGUAUGCAAGUUCGACUCCUCGACCUUUUGGCAUCUGUUCGCCGUAACUAAGCGACUUAGUCUCGCUCUCUUGAUCUCUACUACCAGGCUGGGCUCUCCGUAAGUCUCAGGAUUAGUACGGAUGCGGCAUUCUCCUUGGUUUUGGAUUGUUAUUCUUAUUUUCAUUGAAUGAUCUACUACUAACCCUAUAAACAUUGGUUAUAUUCUUCUUAGUCAUUCCGGCCAAUGUAAAUUAAUCAACGUUUAAAAAUAAUAUCGGUCAGAUGGCGUCCUUCCCGAUUAAUGCAUUCUUGCAGGCGUUUUCUGAAAUGGUCAGGAUUCCUAAUCGGAUUCUUUCCUUGAGUUCUUCAACUGAACGGGGUCGUUUUUCGUACAAUUUCGUACUUUUCAGGAAUCCCCAUAGGAAAAACUCACAUGGUGUGAGGUCUGGUGAACGGGGAAUCGAUCCGUUUUGGUAUAUCACACGGUUCGGAAAAAUCUUAUUAAUAAUAUUCAUGCUCACACGGGUUGUGUGGCUUGUGGCUCCGUCUAGUUGGAAUAAAGUUUGAUCAUUAACGGCAUGUUGAGGAAUGAAGAAUGACCUUGACAUAUCCGAAUACCGCUCUACAUUCAUACAGACCGCCCCCUUUAAUUUUCGAAAAAAGUGGGUCUAUGAUUCCUGAUGAGGGCAUGGCACACCAAACUGUUACCUUGGCCAAAUGGAGAUGUUGUUAAUGAAGUUGAUGAGAGUUUUGAUCACUUCAGUGCCUGAAGUUCUGUUUGUUCAUAAAUCCUGAAAGAUGAAAAUGUGCAUCGUCACUCAUCCAGAGGUUGUGAACAAGCUCCUCGUUUUCUUCAACCACGCACUCUGUCAACUCGCUGACUUGAGGCGGGCUUCUUCCUACAGCAACUCUCGUACUGCCACCCCUUGUGCUCUUCGUUUCACCGACAUUUUCAAAAUUUGUCACCCACAACUUUAUCGAAUUAACACUAGGCGCUCACUUAUUGCGACUUCAAAAUGAGUACGAGAACGACGCUAAGCUACUAUAUAGUUACCGGUAUAGUAAAACGCUUUCACAGCAAACGCUCGGUAUAGUUUUGACAAAUGUUCCAUGGCGACUGAAAUGCUUCGUAACGGGGAACAUAACGGUAACCUUUACAACUCGUUCCGCCUGCCUUUCACUGUAUUUUUUUAAAUGCACACUUGUUUACGUUACCGCGAGAUUCAUCAAAAUAUUCGACUCCGAAAGACCUUUAGGUCACAAAACCCUACUUCGCUUCGGGAUCGCGGAGUGACUCUCUUGACGUCACAUAACCCCACUUCACUUCGGGAUUGCGGAGCUACUCUCUUCAAGUCGCAAAAAUCCGUCUUUGUCUACGUCUACUUUAUCCCUUAAUAGCUGAGCGGUUUUCUACGAAAUUUCUUCUGAGCACUAGGCACUAUCUGUCCGCGUUUGUCCCUAAAAGACACUGGCGAUGCCUUCGUUUAAGUCGCCGUGAGAUUCACCGAAAUAUUAGACUUGGCCACGUAGUCCGCUGGGAAA